UGGAACAAUUUUAGAUGGUCAUACCUGAGUCCGAAUGCAUGGAUGAGCUAUUUAAAGCACCAGAUGGUAAAGAUGAGGAAUUGGUCCAAUGAAGGUGAAGAAUAUAUCCAUGCUUACUUUGCAGAACCAACUCGAAUUCGAAGCCCAAGGCCAGAAUUUGUUCAGUUUCAUGUGGGAAUGGUGAUAAAGCACAAAACACUUGGCUAUUCAGGAGUGAUUAUUGGUUGGGAUGUAGAAGCCAGAGGUCCAGAAGAGUGGCUAAAACAGAAAUAUCCUCCUGAGAGACAGCAUGUAAGAAAAUCUCCACAUUAUCGAAUAUUAGUCAAUAAGUUCAACAACAUCGGUCUAUCUACAGCUUAUGUUUCUGAGGAGAGUCUAAAAGUUAUCACAGGUUAUGAGGUAAUCCAUCCUGAUUUGAAAGUCUACUUCAGCAAGUAUGAUGGAGCCAAAUACAUUAUGCACCCAUGGCUAAAACAAAUCUACCCUCAUGACUAAAUUUAUUUAAUUUUUUUGGUACAGUCUCACACCAUCUAAAUUUUACCUUCAUUGUGACAAAUGGAAACCAGGGUACAAGUGAUACAACUUAUUUUUCCAAA